AUGGAUCACCUAGCUCAUGGCCGCCCUCUGCCACCGCCGUUUUUAGGCGGUGGUGGUGGCAGAGAUCUCCAUCUCCACCACCACUUCCAACCACCAAAACCCGACAAUAAAGACGAAGACCAAUUCAAUAGCAACAACGACGGCGGAGGCCUUCCGACCCUGAACUCCGGCGACCAGGCGGCGGAUACCGCCGGCCGCCGGCCACGCGGCCGGCCGGCGGGAUCUAAAAACAAGCCGAAGCCACCGAUCAUCAUCACCCGAGACAGCGCCAACGCCCUCCGAUCCCACGUUAUGGAGGUCGCCGCCGGAUUUGACAUCCUCGACAGCAUCUCCGCCUUCGCCGCCCGCCGCCAGCGAGGCGUCUGUGUCCUCAGCGCCACCGGCGCCGUCGCCGGAGCAGCAAUCCGGCAGCCUUCGGCCGCCGGGGGAGCCGUUCUCAGCCUUCACGGCAGGUUCGAGAUACUAUCUCUCUCGGGGUCGUUUCUGCCGCCGCCGGCUCCGCCGGCGGCGUCGUCCCUGACGGCGUACCUCGCCGGAGGACAGGGGCAGGUCGUGGGUGGGGCGGUGGCGGGGCCGCUGGUGGCGUCGGGGCCGGUGGUGGUGAUGGCGGCGUCGUUCGGGAACGCGGCAUACGAGAGGCUGCCGCUGGAUGAGGAGGACGGGCCUCCGCCGGAGGCGGCGGCAAGGAUGGGGGAGAUGCCGGGGAUGAUUGGCGAUGACUGCGGGCAGCUGCCGGCGGAAGCUUACUGGGGAACAAAUCGGCCUCCUUUUUGA